ACGUUAAGAUCCAGACGUGCCCAUCGGGACACCUCAGCAGCAGAAGGCCACUGUUUUGCUGUUUGACUAUCCGACGUCCCUUAUCCCGAGCGAUUGCGACCAAAUCCCUCCCCGCUCUCCCUUGUCGACGUCGCGAAAUCUCUCCUGUUCCUUUACUAUCGCCGUCAUCGGUCGUCGGCUGUAACUUUCUGUGCUUUUCCACGGACGUAGUGCGCCCUUGACCGCCCCCGUGCUCGCUCACAUCGACGCGAGGACAUGGCAGACUCUGACUCCGAAUUCGCUUCGGUUGUCGACGAGAAAGUUGCGUCGCAACCCUUCGACGAUCCGGACGCAGACCUGAUCAUCCGCACGUCGGACGAGGUUGACUUUCGCGUCUACAAGAUCAUCAUGAAGCAUGCCUCGCCUGUCUUCCGCGAGAUGUUCACCCUCCCCGGAAAUGACACAACUGCUUUGUCUGUUGUUGACGUCGCCGAGAACAGUCGGGUGUGGGACUUCAUCCUGCGGAUGUUGUAUCCCGUCGUGCGCCCACUCUCCCUUCCCGCUCCCUCCGACUACCGGCCGCUCUUGGAAGCAGUGCGCAAGUAUGACAUGGCAGGCGUACGCGAAGCCGUCAAACUCGCCAUGAUCGAUCCCGCGGUGCUGAAGACCCAGGCGCUUCGGGUCUAUGCGCUCAGUUGUGCGUAUGGUCUACCUGACGCAGCACGUAUCGCUGCGAAGGCGACCUUCCAGCCGUGGCCGGGCGAUCAGCGCCCGCCGCCCGCUUUCCCCGACAUGGAUUGUAUGUCUGUCACGGCAUACCAUCGGCUAUUGCAGUAUCGCUGGGAUUGUGUCAAAGCUGCGGUUGCUAGCCACCGGGGUCUCUUUGACCCAUUGCCAACGCCUCCGAGUUGGGAUCCCAAGUUGAAGAAGUACCUUCCGAGUUUACCUCAGUGGCCGUGGUUGACGGCAAUAAAGCCAAACCAUUAUUCACAUACCGAUGGCUGCAUGUGCAGCAAGAUUCGGGAGGACAGUGGGAUUCGGUCCUAUGUCGAUCGCUACAUCGGCCGUUCAUCAAAGGUGUUGCGCGCCGAACCAAGCGGUGCGCUCGUCACGACAACGCAGGCGAUCGGACCGAUGCUUAAAGCAGUAGCCGAGUGUUGGGGAUGCAAGGAAAUGGAUUCUGAUGGAUUCGUCCGGUUUGCGGGUGUCUACGCACAGAACGUAGACGCUGCGGUAGCAAGGGUGCGUACAACAGAAGAUGCCAUCUGUCAUCCAUUAACAAAGGACUAUAAGGUCGUACUUGAGGUUUGAAAAUGCGAUGCGAGUCAGACAUCGGGUACGGAGACUAGUAUAAAGGGCCUUUUACACUGUAUAACUUGGUCGGCGCGGAGAAGGUUCAGGCGCAGAGAUGGAUGGGUGCUCAGGCUACUUAGGCGUGUCAAAUACA